GGGCCGGGCGGCCGAGGGGCGCCGCUGCCGCCGCUGCUGCUUCUGGCGCAGAACCCCUGGAGACCUCCAGACUCGGCCAUGAAUGGACACACUGUCCCGUCAGGCGACUCCGGGCACCCUGGCGGGUGGAACGAGUUCUGUAAGCAGCACGCCAUCGCCACUGCCCGAGAACUGGCCAGGGAGUACCUCCACUUCGUCAGCGAGAACCCCCAGCACGAAGUCUUGGCGGUGGAGAACUUCUCCCUUCAGUUUGCUGACCUCUUCCAGCAAUACUUCCGCCACGAGGUGAAGGACACGUACGGUACGGAGCAGCUCCGCAUCCUGCCCUUCAGCAGAGUGCGGGACUACCGGGAGACGGGCCAGAAACAUGCGGAGGGGUCCCCGGUCACGGUUGGGACCAAGGCCGAGGUGGAAUUGUUGGACCCGGUCAACCGGGUCUCUGAGGUCCGCUCCGGUGGACUUCCCAAGUCUUGGAGUUCUGAAGAACUGGCGGCACCGGCCUCUCCGUUGGCCGUCAGGAGGCCCUUUUCUCUGGACCGGCUACGGCGGAGCUGGCGGAGCUUGUUCCGACGGAGAUCCUCAGAGCCGGGCCCUGGCGAAGGGGAGAUGGCGGACUUGGUUCUGAGAUCCGGCUUGGCCCGGAAGAUCUUCCCGUGGGCCAUUUCCAGAGACUGCGCCUUGCAGAUCCAGAAAGAAGGGAUCCUGAAGUAUAUGAUGGUGACGGAGGACAGUGGAACCCGCUGGCAGAAAUGCCGGCUGGUUUUAUACAAGGAAGGGCCUCCCGACCGCCAGAAUUACACCUUGGCGCUAUUGGACCCCCCCAAGAGCUCAAGGCCGAAACUGCGUUCCCCUUGCGUGGCCAUCCAGGAGAGCCGGGCCUGCACUCGGCUGGAGAUGCCCGACCACCUGCACACCUUUGUGGUCAAGGUCAACGCGUCCACCGAAGUGAUAUUCCAGGCUGGAGAUGAGCAGCAACUGGCCGCUUGGGUGGCGGAGAUUCAGCAGAGCCUCCCCAGGCUGGAAGGAGGAGGCACCCUGGAGGGGACCCCAGACCCUCCGUCAGAGGCCGGCCCUCCCAGCCCUGCCAACAGCAGCGCCGACUGCCUGCACCCAGGGGCCUUGCUCUCCAGGCCCACCGAGCCGCCGGCCCAGAGAAUCGACCACUACUUGUCCGCCUUCCCCUGGUUCCACGGCCCCAUCUCGCGGGUCAAGGCCGCCCAGCUGGUCCAGUUGCAAGGCCUGGAAGGACACGGCGUCUUCCUCAUCCGGCAGAGCGAGACGCGACGGGGGGAGUACGUGCUGACCUUCAACUUCCAAGGCAAAGCCAAGCACCUGCGGCUUUCCCUGACGGAGCGGGGCCAGUGCCGAGUCCAGCACCUCCACUUCUCUUCCAUCCUCGACAUGCUGCACCACUUCCAGCACUGCCCCAUCCCGCUGGAGUGUGGCACGGCCUGCAACGUCCAGCUCUCCCGGCACGUGGUGGUCCUCCCCCCUCUGCAAGGUGAGCUCUUCGGCUGGGUCCCUUUGAACACCCCCGACCCCCACCCAGGCGAGGGAUUCGGGGGGGGGGCUCCCCCCGCCCCCACGAAGCCCCCUGGUGCUUAA